CCCCCGACCCUUCAGUGUCCCUCCCUGCCGGGUUCCCCACUCCUAGCUCAGCUUGCAGGUCUGUGUCUGCCCGCUGACUGCGCUCUGGAGCCAGUGAGAUCAGAUGCCCCCAGUGUACUCAGCACAUGCUUAGAGGCAGCUCCUGAGCUCCCAAUCCCAGCAUCCCCACAGGGAGCAGAGAGAGGAAUCCUCACAUUCCUGGGAGCCUUCUACCUGUGGACCUGACUCUCUGUGUGUCCUGCCCUGCCCUGGAUUGGAGAAGAUAGAGGGACCUUUACCUGCACCCUGUGCCCCCAUUCCCUUCCUCACCCAGCAUGAUGCCCCUGCCCAGGACCCAGCUGGGGCUGUUCUUUAUACUCCUGUGUCCUGCUAACAUCAUAGGACUGUGGUGGGCAGUUGGAAGCCCCUUGGUGAUGGACCCUAAUAGCAUCUGCAGAAAAACCAAGCGUUUAGCUGGUAAGCAGGCGGAGCUGUGUCAGACCGAGCCGGAGAUCAUUAGCGAAGUUGCCAAGGGCGCCAAACUCGGGGUACGAGAAUGUCAGCACCAGUUCAGAUCCAGGCGUUGGAACUGUACCAGUCACAACAAGUACUUCGGAAAAAUCCUGCAGCAAGAUAUUCGCGAGACAGCGUUUGUUUAUGCAAUCACAGCAGCCGGUGUAAUACAUGCAGUGACACAAGCCUGCAGCAUGGGGGAGCUGCUGCAGUGUGGUUGUGAGGUCACACGUAACUGGGGACCACCUCCUUCUCUUGCCAUUGGACCAGGAGCAGAUGGCUCCGCUUGGGAGUGGGGGGGCUGCGGAGACGAUGUAGACUUUGGAUAUGAAAAAUCCCGGCAAUUCAUGGACGCAAGGCGGAAGAAAGGGAAGAGCGACAUCCGAACAUUAAUUGAUCUCCAUAACAACGAGGCAGGUCGGCUGGCCGUAAAGAACCAUAUGAGAACGGAAUGUAAAUGUCACGGCCUUUCUGGUAGCUGCACACUGCGCACAUGCUGGAAAAAGAUGCCGCACUUCAGGGAAGUGGGCGAGCGCUUGCUGGAGAGAUUUAAUGGCGCAUUCAAAGUCAUGGGUGGUAAUGAUGGGAGGACCAUAAUCCCUGUUGGACAUAACAUCAAACCCCCCGAUAAACAGGACCUCAUCUACUCAGCGGAUUCCCCAGACUUUUGCCAGGCCAACCGAAAAACAGGUUCCCUUGGAACUAGGGGCCGUGUCUGUAAUAGCACUGCCCUGGAUGUGGGGGGGUGCGACCUGCUUUGCUGUGGGAGGGGGUACAGGGAGGAGACUGUGGUGUUGGAGGAUAAUUGCUUGUGUCGUUUCCACUGGUGCUGCGAGGUACAAUGCAAGAAAUGUACAGUCAGAAAAGAGCUCAGCAUGUGCUUAUGAGACAGACUAAAAGAGGGAGCGACACAGAUAUUGCUCAUUCGUAGCUCUGCCUGGGUUCCUCAGACACAUAGAGUUGAACUGUGAACCUAAAGUGGUGGCAUUGCUUCUCUAACCCCUUCCCAAGAAACAACAAGGUUUGCCAAAUGUCUUCACUGAAACAUAAGAUCAUCAAUAGAACGAGCCCAAAAUGCAGUGUUAUUAUCUUGGGUUGUGCCAAGGAGAAGACGUAUGUGAACCUUAUACAAGAUGGACUCCUGGUUAUUAGUUAAAAGACCUCCUCUCCUGUUGGCAGUUUUGUGUCUGAGGGUGCUUAUCAGUCCUUAGUAAAGGGGUCACAGUGUGAUCGGAUAGUAGGAGAAGCUUGCUUUUCCCAAUAUAGAAAAGUACUUAUACUUUCCCCUCUCAAAUAAAAUCAUGUCUUUAGGUGAAGGUCUCAGUUAUAGCACAUGGAAGUUCCAUAACAGGUGAGCUCAGUUCAGUAAGCCAUGCACCUCAAUAGACAUCUUUUGUAGGUCUUAGCUCUAGAAUUAUACUGCAUCAAGCACUCGUUUUCUUGCUGUCUCUAAACUAUGUCUCUUGUGAGUCAGGGGUGGGGUACGUACAUAGUAGUCGCAGACAGCAGACAGACCCUUGCAGAUAUAGAUAUGCAGUUUGCUAGUCCCUAGGUUACAGGAUAUAUGUAAACCUUGUGCAGUGCAACAUGACGUUAUUACCAUAAAAGUAAUAUUCUAAACCAUGGCUUAACAAACCACAGGAGCAAAGGCGUUCUGACUCCUGGACAGAUAACUACUGGAGCCUGGUUUAUUUGAGUAUUUGUAUAUAAGUCAACUAUAGUUACUUUCUAUAGCACCUAAAAUCCUCAGAUUUGCUCCUAAACAUAUUUAUCUAAUCCUAAAUUCUACUGAAAAUACUCAACCCCUAAAUAACUACCUUUUGUUAUUGUCUAUGCCAUGCGAUGCCAUGAAUUGUAGCUCCAGAGUUUUAUAUUGGCCGCUCGUAGUCUAAACUCUCAAACAUUACAAGCCAUCAAUUUCAUGCACCCUUCCGUUGCUCAAUGCCAAAUAUAUACAUUUUAAACCAGCUAUAAACCUCAAUGUUACUUAGUACUGACUGGUCGUCCUAACGGAUGAACCAAAGGCCAUAUUUGCAGACAUUUUAUAACUCACCACCAUACCAUUGUACAGCGCUACGGAAUCUGAUGGCGCUAUAUAAAUAAUUAAUAAUAAUAAUACCUUGGUCACACCUUGCUUUAUAGAAUGAGUCGAGAACCAGGUAAUGGAAGCCUCGAGCAGCCACACUGAAAAUACAGGUCCUAGAACUUGGUGUGUUCUGGAGUACCACGUUCCUUCUCCACCGGCUCAGUGAAAAAAGGACGCUAUAACCUGCUGAGGAAAUGUAGGGACCCUGUGUAUUAUUAAUUUGGUAAAACCCACUAGUGAUACUCCUUUCAUCCCUUCUACAUACUUUCCCAGUUAAGAAGGAGGAAUCUGGGUGAAAUCUUUUGUGGCCCUAGUGAUGUGACCAAAAUAUGUACACCCCAAAUAUACAGGUCUUGUUUUUGCUCCUCUCUAUGCGCAACAUGCGCAACACUCUACUACAGACUGAGGCUGAAGGAAAUGGCAAGAUCUUUCUCUUUAAUCAAUACAAACCCUCAAAUCAAAUAUAACCCUCUCGGCACUUAAUGCAGAACUUGUCAUUCAGGUGGCAAAUUCUUUGAUAAAUUCUCCAGCAAAUUGGUUCAUAUCACCGUUAACACAUACAGUAUCGUAUAUUCGAAGCUCUUAUUUCAUGUGAAAUUUCACGUUUUUCUUAUCGGUAACAAUUGAUGGCGUAUCCUCACUUUGAGGGUUUUUUGAUGAAACACAUAGCACAUCAUUUGGGGAUAUUAUUGAUUGCUAUACAUCUACCUGAUGUGGAUUUGCCCAAAACAAGGAACAUUUUCCCUAUUUCGGUACAGUUUAUCGUUCAAUAUGAAAUAAAGCCAGACAGAGAGAUUUGUACAGAUUCAGACAGCAUCGAGUGGAGAAAACAUGUCUGUGUGAAGUAUAUUUUAUUUUUUACUAAUAAAGUUAUUUAAGGUGUUAAUUUUAGUCAGGUUGUGCAUUUCUAAUCAACUGGAAGAAGGUGAAACCUUAAAUUCUCAGAUAGUCUCCAGUGAUCUCAUCCAGGUGCGAUACAAAUGAUAGGGGGUUGCUCUUAUUUAUGCACAUUUAUAUCAAUAUUUAUUGAGAUCAACUCUGAAUCACCCUAAUUUUAAUUAAAAUCAGUGACAAAAUCACCAGAAAUCAUAUUUGCACGA